CUUUUUUCUUUUUUUUUGCAAGAAAUGGAUCUGAUUAGGGUUUUUUUCUCCAACUUCUUAUUGAAGACAAUUUAAGGAUAUUAAGGCGGAUGUCUGGUGUCAUGCUACCUUCUAAGUAGGAGGCAACAUUUCUGGCAGUAGCUAAGAAAUGAACAGUCCAAUAAUGUUCAUCCUUACAGGCAAGUGUAGAGAGCACAAGACAGCUGCAUUGACCACUUCCUUGUUUAACUAUGGUCUUAUUUGGGGAUUUAGUUCUGAGAUUAAUUCUGUUUCUCUAAUGCUGCAAUGCAUCUCUUCAGUUUCAGGUUAAGACAAUUCAACUAAAAGAGGCUUGCCUUGUAAAUUUUAAAAAUCUCCAAUUAUGUGAUCCUAAGGACAUCAUUGUUCUGAAGUCCUGACUCUUUCUUCUCUUCAGCUGCACUCACUGCAGAUAUCCCUCAAGGGUUUUGAAGCUGCUAUUGCAGUUGGAGCCAAGGAAGUAGCAGCAGCUACCUCAGCUUCAGAGUCUUUUUCAAAGUCAAAAACUAAGAAAGCAUUGAAGAUAGUCUUACUUAUUGUUUUGAUGUUAUUUCUGCUGCAAGAGAGCUUUCAUUAAUUGUUUUUGGGUAGGUUACUAACUACCGUUGAAAUUGCUGUAUAUUCCUUAAGACGAAAGAGGAGGAAAAGCGGGUAGAAAAGUUAGUCUUAUUUCUUCCUAUUGAAUUCUCAAUCAGUUUAGUCUUCAACUUUGUAGACAUAUAUCAUGUGUCAUGGGUUGCCCGGUGGAAGUAAUGUUGUUGGCACACCUGAUAAUGUUUAAAACUGCAUUCUGUUCAGAA